AUCCUCAAUUAGCAAACUAAAAGUAUCAAAGCCCAACUCCAUCUUCUGAACUCUUGAGACCACCUUCAAUGCGUCACUUUCUAUCACCACAUUGUAGUAACCCAACCUGAGAGCCAAGUGAAUCCCAAAGAUACAGGCAGCCGCUUCAGCAAGUUCACAAGACCAUCCUGCAGGCUCACGACGCACGGCAGCAGCACACAAAUUGCCCAGCUCGUCUCUGAUUACCACCCCUAACCCGUUCAUGCUUCCCACAUGAGCAUCGCAGUUCACCUUCACAAAACCUGGACUCGGUUUUAACCACGAACUCACCAAAACCUGAACUCGCAGAUCUCCCACUUCAAUUUGAGGUUCCACUUUGCUGAGGAAGAAGAGGGUUGAAUCUGUUUUCAACCCAUCUACUGAUACAAUGAACAAUCUACUUUCGGAUUCAUUUGAGAUUCCACGCGGGGAAUCAUCACGAGGUGGUGAUCUUGAGAUGGGGGAAAAUCUUCAGAAUUCAGGAGAAUUGGGUUUGCAAAUUUUCUCUAAGAAGGUUCAAGAGAUAGACAAACAAUAUGAGAAACUCAAUGAGCUUCUUAGAAAGCUCCAGAGUGCUCAUGAGGAGUCAAAAGCUGUAACAAAGGCUGCUGCUAUGAAAGCUAUCAAGAAGCGCAUGGAGAAAGAUGUAGAUGAAGUCCAAAAGAUUGCCCGGCUUAUUAAGUCAAAAAUAGAAGAACUUGAUAAAGAUAAUUUUUCAAGCCUGCAGAAGCCUGGAUGUGGAAAAGGAACAGCUAUAGAGCGCACCAGGUCAACACAGACAGUUGCAUUAAAAAAGAAAUUGAGAGAUAAGAUGGCAGAGUUUCAGACAUUGCGUGAAAAUAUUCAUCAAGAGUACCGGGAAGUUGUUGAGCGUCGUGUUUAUACAGUAACGGGUCAAAGAGCUGAUGAAGAGACAAUAGAUCAAUUAAUUGAGACUGGUGAUAGUGAACAAAUCUUUCAGAAAGCAAUACAAGAGCAAGGUCGUGGUCAGAUAAUGGAUACACUUGCAGAAAUACAAGAGCGCCAUGAUGCUGUACGAGAUGUAGAGAGAAAGCUGCUCGAGCUGCAACAGAUUUUUAUGGACAUGGCUGUUCUGGUCAAUGCCCAGGGAGAUUUGCUUGACAAUAUCGAGACACAGGUUUCAAAUGCUGUAGAUCAUGUAAACACAGGAAACACAGCACUGCAAAAGGCAAAGAGCUUGCAGAAGAACUCACGUAAAUGGAUGUGCAUUGCAAUUAUAAUCCUUCUUAUCAUUGUUGCUAUUGUCGUACUGGGUGUACUCAAGCCUUGGCAAAGCAAGAACGGUGCUUGACCUCUUCCUUUCGUACAUUCUAUACAUAUAACAAGAUCAUGUGAAAUCCUCGUCUCCCCAAAAAACAAAAUAGGAAAAAGAAAAGUUGAUUUUGUGAGUUUAUUCUCCUUGUAACUUCAUCAGCUUUUGUGUGAAUCAGUAGUUCCAAUAUCUACAAACCCAGAUUUUGCCCUUUGUUUCAUGUUGCUCAGACCUAUUAUGAUGCCUACAUUCCUUUUAUUUUCUCUUCUGAACGCCGUGUGUAUGUAAUCUUAUUCUUUCUGGCAUCAUCAUUUUCAUUUAUCUUCUGAAUGCCUUGGACUAAAGUAAUAUCAAUUUUCUUCUCAUCUUAAUUUAUUUUAUGAUUUGGACUAUGUAAUCAUUGAUCUGAAAGACAGUGACAACUUUGCUUGGGCAAAUACAAACCUGAAUGGCUGAA